AUGGACACCUCGUACCCACGGGAGGAGCGGCCGCCCCCCAAGCGGGGGCCGCCCCCCGCGCCCCGCGACCACCUCGUCUGGGCCAUCUUCAACACCCUCUACAUGAACUUCUGCUGCCUGGGCUUCGUGGCGCUCGCCUUCGCCAUCAAGGCUCGGGACCGGAAAGUGUCCGGGGAUGUGGAAGCUGCUCGGCACUUCAGCUCCAAGGCGCGGUGCUACAACGCCCUGGCCACGGCAGGCAGCGUGCUGCUGCCUCUCCUGCUCGGUGCCCUCAUUGUCACCGGUGUCAUCCACCUCUCCAAGCUGGCCCAGGAAUCCGUCGGCUUCUUCACCUACCAGUUCAGCGGGAGCGACGAUGAGGACCAGUGACCCUGGGAGAAGGGCUGGUGGAACCUCCUCUGCAUCGCUGGUGGCCCCCAAAAAGGCCACCACCCCUCUCUGCCACCCUGCUCCCCGCCCUGCUGUGAAGGCACAGUUAUUUUUGUUUAUCCUGUGGGGUUUUUUACCUCCCAUUAUCC